AUGGCAUCGGUGGAUACUGUUAAGGUGUCAGUGGUGACCGAUCGAUCUCCUAACAUAAUUACUUGUUCUAGUACCUUUACAGCUGAAGAAUUAUGUAUACUUUUGUGCAAGAAGUACAACAUACCACCUCUGACGCGCACUUUAUUUGCAUUAAGAGUCAAAGGCUCAGAUUAUUUCCUCAAAGAUAACUACCUAGUUCUUUCAAGUUCUCGUGAUUAUGAAUUGAGAAUUCGUUUCAAGGUUCCUAGACUUGGUCUGCUUAUAACACUUGAUGAAACUACAUAUGAUUAUUAUUUUCAACAAGCCCGAAAUGAUGUAAAUGAAAAUAAGGUACCAGAAAUUAAGUAUCCAGAACACAAACAGGAACUUUUAGGAUUGGGUAUUGCUGAUAUGACACGUGCCAUUUUAGAAGAAAAAUUACCUCUGAAUGAUGUUGUGAGAAACUAUAAAAAAUAUAUUCCAAAGGUUAUAGUUAGAAGACAUGGUCCAUUUCCAAAAAAAUAUGCCCAUGAUUACCUUCCUCAGCUAUGUUCUGUAGGCCACAAUGUAAAUUAUGUAAAAAAUCUUUACUUACAACAAUUAUACGGUUUGGCCCCUAAUUACCUGUCAGAAGAAUAUGAUAAUAUUUUAUGGCAAAAUGGCGAAGAUGUUAUACCAGUACGUGUAAUUGUGGCGCCUUUUCAUCCUCAUCAACCUGGAAUUAGGCUGUACAAUACUUUAAAGCGGGAUUGGUUUCAUGUUUGCACAAUAGAAGAACUUAUUUAUUUAACAAGAAAUGGUGACAAUUCUGUAGAAGUUUCAAGAAGGGGGACACCACUAUUCUUCAAAUUCAAGACGGAGGAGCAACUUUCAUCAUUUAUUUCAAUAUGUGAUGGUUACUACAGAUUGAUGGUGAAAUGGACAUUCAACUUAUCCAAAGACGACGAAACGCCUUCUUUGAAAGAGUUGCAUAGAAUAAAAUGCCACGGACCUGUGGGGGGUGCAUUCUCUUAUCGCAAAUUAGAGGAGAAACGUGGAAAGAAACAUGGAUGCUACAUAAUAAGGCAGUGUCAAGAUGAUUAUAAUGUAUAUUACUUGGAUGUUUGCACCAAAAACAGCACGACCGAGACAUACAGACUGGAAUUUAAAGGACAUUGUUACAUAUUCAACAAGGAAGAAUAUUUUAGUAUUGAAAGGCUAGUCAGUUGCCAUCAAAAUCCCGAAGGAAGGAUAUUUCUAAAUGAAUGUAUACCACCUUCAGAAUAUGACAAAUCCCAGUUACUUUUGUGCGGCGAACCAGUGAAGAAAGGUGUUCGCAUUGACCAAGCGGAGUUGCAGGAGAUUCUUAAAGACAACAAGAGCCCCCGUUGCCUGCCUAAUAAAGACAUUUUACUAUAUACAGGAUCGGAGAAGAUGGGAUCUGAAAAUAUUACCGCAACUUAUAAGGCUUUAUGGAAACUCGACGAAACGAAGAAACUGGUUGUCGCUUUUAAAACACUUCAGAGGGAGAAGGCUGCAGACAAUUUGAAGGACUUCAUCGAGUUGGCAAGCAAAUGGGCGUGCGUGCAGUCCAGUUCUAUCGUGAGGCUGUACGGCGUCACACUGAGUUCGCCGACCGCUAUGGUGCUAGAAUACCUACCUUACGGUCCGUUCGACGAUUACUUACGGGAGCACGGCGAGCGCGUGAAGCCGCUGCACCUGAAGAAGGUGUGCGCGGGGCUGGCGCGCGCCCUGUGGGACCUCUCCGAGGCGGGCGUGGCGCACGGCGGCCUGCGCUGCCGGCGGCUGCUGCUCGCCGCGCACAGCGGCGACCGCCUCGUGGUCAAGCUCGCUGGGCCCACGCUGCGCUCCUACACGCACCACGAUGUUCAUUGGAUACCGGUUGAGUUCUACUCCGACCUGAACCAGGCUAAGCGGUCGGUGGUGGCUGACAUAUGGGCGUUCGCUACAACGUUAUGGGAGAUCUUCUCGUACGGGCAAUCGCCCAACGACACGAACCCAGUACUGACUGCAAGGAGCUACGAGAUGGGCGACCGCCUGCUGAGGCCGGCCCGCUGCCCCAGCGAGGUGUGGGCGCUGAUGCGGCAGUGUUGGCAGAGCGACCCUCUCCGGCCGCAGGAGAUCAUGAGGGACAUGAACCACAUGCUGCACAGAGAGUAUGUGCCGAUUCAUACGUAUGAAGAACCGAAGAUUCCUCUCGACCACCUGGAGCAUGCCGAUACAGUUUCAAGUGACAGAUUUAUACCGAGCGAACUCAGCGACGCCGGAAGCAACAAGUCGUUAAUAUCCGUCGACAGCAGUGUUCCAUCGAUGAACGGCACAAUGUCUGAUCAGUACGAUAACCCUUUCUCCGACAACAAGAGCUCCAACUCGCUGGAGAAUAUGAACGCGCUGGCGUACGCGCUACGCGGCGACGCGGGCAGCUGCCGUAGCGGACGUAGCGGACGUAGCGGCCGUAGCGGUCGUAGCGGUCGUAGCAGCGCGUGCGGGCUGCCCGACGACCGCGACGAGCUGGCCGCCAGCGCGGCGCCCCGCUUGAUGGAGUCCAUCGUGUCGCAGGGCAAGACCUACUUGGUCACGCUGACCAAGAAGAUCGGCAGCGGGAACUACGGUCACGUCUACAAAGGUUGGAUGGAACGCGACAACCAGGAAUCUCAGAGGAAAGAAGUGGCAGUUAAAAAGUUGACCCGACAAGCUUCUGAAAGAAAUGGAAACUUGUAUGAAGACUUUAAAAAUGAACUUGAGAUUAUGAAGUCGCUGCAACACAUAAACAUUGUGGAGAUCCUGGGCUAUUCUUGGGACCACGGAUCGGACGUGCUCAUCGUGAUGGAGUAUUUGGAGGAGGGCUCCCUCAACUACUACCUCAAGUUUCAAGGCGACAAACUGCGCAUCUCGCACCUGCUCAAAUACGCCAAGGAUAUUGCCACGGGCAUGGAUCAUGUUUCUGCUAAGAACGUGGUACAUCGAGACCUUGCGACGAGGAACAUAUUGGUUGUAAACAAGUACCAUGUAAAGAUCUCGGACUUUGGUCUCGCCAGGAUAAUACCGAAAGAGGAGAACGCGUACCGAAUCAAAACAGAGAGGCUAUUACCUAUUAAUUGGUACGCGCCCGAGUCGGCCGUGGAGCCGUGGCACUUCUCGACCAAGAGCGACGUGUGGUCGUACGGCGUCACGGCGUGGGAGAUCUUCACUCGUGCGCGACAGGAGGUGCCCAAGUUCGACGUGGAGCGGCCGAGGGAGCGCGCUUCCUGUUUCCAAAUACCUGAAGGCUGCCCAUCGGAGAUAUUUAGGCACCUGAUGAAGGACUGUUGGACCGUCGACCCGAACUUAAGGCCGAAGUUUAUAGAUCUCGUUCAUAUGUGCAAAAGGUUCAUAGAUGAAUACAAG